CUAGUGGAACUCAGCAUUGCCACUAUAGCAUCCGCUCGUGCCACGUGGCAGGCCGUGCUCGAGAUUCAGAAUCUAGGCCCCUUCGUUUUCUCUCUGGACGCGUCUUUCCCAAAAUAGAGAAUAUCUGGAUUUCGCUUUUGCUUUUGAAAGUAGUAAUUUUUAUUUUAUUUUUAAUUUCUAGAGGAAAAAAAAAGUAACUCAUAAGCCCAUAUUUUUUUCCCCUCGAUUUCGAAUACCAAUGAAAUACUACGUCUUGGAUGUGGUUUUGGGAUAGGUGUUCUUGCUUAGAUGCUCAAAUUUUCUAAAUUCGAAACAGAUUCUUCCUCUCUCCAUCCCUGGAUUUCACUUUCUCUUUCCAGAUCGACCUCAGGUUUUUCACCUUCCUUCGAUCGUCUUCUUCUCUGGCUCGUCGUGUACUGUUACUGUAUCAUCUGUGUUAUCUCUGGCUUUUUAUUGCCUUGGAGAUUUGGAUCUAUAUUUCAGAGAACUAGGGUCUAUAUUUUAGAGAACUAGGGUCGACUACUAUUAUUGAGUGGCUUACUUGAAUUCACGGGUUUAUUUCAAUCAGUGUGAUGUGAAUAUGGGUUCUGGUAGUGAGUUUUAAGUGAAAUGGGUUUUAAGGUUCAAGCAUUUUUAUCAUACUUAUGUAUGCUUCAGUGACGGAGGUAGCUUGGAGGAUGAAUAGGAAUUUAGUUUUUGUGUGAUUUGCUGAUAUCUUUUAAUCAUGGCAGAGCUUAUGGAAUGAGAAAGAAUACAAUUUGAAGAAUGGAUGAUGAUAGAGAAAUUGGGAUGUUGCUUUCUGGUUGGAACAAUCCAACUGAAUCUCGCAUUUUUAUUUUAUCUUGCUUAAUUGCUGCUUUAGUUGGUAUUUUGACAAUAGCUUACACUGCUUUCCAAUGGAGAAGAAACAUCAAUCUAAAUUGGAUGAAAGCCGUAGCCAGGUCAAAGAAAAACCCAAAGGCAAGGCAUAAGGUUCCUGUAACUCCUCAUAAGUGGGUUCUCGAACCUAUAUCGCGUGGAAAGAAUUUAAAUUGCUGUGUCUGCUUAAGGUCCAUGUCUCCUUCUCAAACUCUUGGGCCUAUGGUGGCCUCAGACAGUUUUAUUCACCACUGUAGCAUUUGUGGUGCAGCGGCACACCUAAGUUGCUCUUCAAGUGCACACAAGGAUUGCAAGUGUGUAUCUAUGGUUGGAUUUGAGAAUGUAAUGCACCAAUGGGCUGUUCGAUGGACAGAGAUGACAGAUCAACCUUGCGAAACUUCCUUUUGUAGUUUUUGUGAAGAGCCAUGUAGCGGGUCUUUUCUUAGUGGAUCCCCUAUAUGGUGUUGCUUGUGGUGUCAACGACUUGUACAUGUCGAUUGUCACAGUAGCAUGUCUAAUGAAACUGGAGAUAUUUGUGACUUGGGUCCAUUUAGAAGGCUGAUUUUAUCACCGCUUCAUGUUAAAGAAUUGAAUUCAUCAGGUGGAUUUUUGAGCUCUAUCACACAUGGAGCAAACGAGAUUGCUUCUUCAGUGCGUGCAAGUAUUAGGAGUCAGAGAAAGAAGUACAAGCAUGGUAAUGAGUCCUCUGUUGACAAAGGUAAUAGUGCUAGCACUUGUUGUGACCCAUCUUCAAAAAGCACAGCUGAUGCCCAUCUUACAGUAAAUGGUUCUCAAGGUGGGGAGGAAAGCUGUAAUGGUAGCUUGAAUGGGGGAAGUCCUUGCCAUGGUGGUAGCGUAGAUAGGAUGAACUCAAAACCUAAUUUUAAAAGAAGUGGAUCACGUAAUCAGAAAGAUGAAUCUCAGAUAGUACGAAUGAAACAGAGAUAUGAAAUAAUUGAUUUGCGUCCUGAUGCAAGACCACUGUUAGUCUUCAUCAACAAGAAGAGUGGGGCUCAGCGUGGAGAUUCCCUCAGGCAGCGUUUGAACUUUCUUUUGAAUCCUGUUCAGGUAUUUGAACUGAGCUCAAAACAGGGGCCAGAAGUAGGCCUUUAUCUUUUCAGGAAGGUGCCUCACUUCCGAGUUCUCAUAUGUGGUGGAGAUGGUACUGUUGGCUGGGUUUUGAAUGCCAUAGACAAACAAAAUUUUAUUUCUCCUCCACCUGUAGCUAUUCUUCCUGCUGGAACUGGAAAUGACUUGGCUAGAGUACUAUCCUGGGGAGGUGGUCUGGGCUCAGUUGAGAAACAAGGAGGCCUUUGCACAUUGUUACACCAUAUAGAGCAUGCUGCAGUAACUAUUCUUGAUCGGUGGAAGGUAGCCAUUGUAAAUCAAGGAAAGCAACUUCAGUCUUCCAAAUUUAUGAACAACUAUCUUGGAGUUGGGUGUGAUGCAAAGGUUGCACUGGAUAUCCACAAUCUGCGGGAAGAAAAUCCAGAGAAGUUUUAUAACCAGUUUAUGAACAAAGUUCUCUACGCAAGAGAAGGGGCCAGGAGUAUAAUGGACAGGACAUUUGCUGACUUUCCAUGGCAAGUUAGAGUGGAAGUAGAUGGUGUCGAAAUAGAGGUCCCUGAGGAUGCUGAGGGGGUACUUGUUGCAAACAUUGGAAGCUAUAUGGGUGGUGUAGACCUAUGGCAAAAUGAGGAUGAACACUAUGAUAACUUUGAUCCACAAUCCAUGCAUGAUAAGAUACUAGAGGUUGUGAGCAUAUCUGGAACAUGGCACCUUGGAAAGCUUCAGGUGGGGCUUUCUCGUGCUCGAAGGCUUGCACAGGGACAGUCAAUAAAGAUACAACUUCUUGCUGCAUUGCCUGUGCAGAUUGAUGGAGAACCUUGGUUUCAGCAGCCUUGUACUUUGGCUGUAUCUCAUCAUGGACAGGCUUUCAUGUUAAUGAGGGCUGCUGAGGAACCUCUUGGUCAUGCAGCUGCCAUAAUUACUGAUGUACUUGAGAAUGCUGAAACUAAUCAUGUGAUUAAUGCUUCACAGAAGCGAGCACUUCUUCAAGAAAUGGCACUUAGGCUGUCUUAGAGGUCAUCUCUGGUCACCCUGUUAGAUAUUGUGGUUUUGGUAACUACUGCCUCAGGAAAAAUAUUUUGCAUUUUACGUUGCUAAUUGCAUCUCUUCAUACAAAUGCCACGUGUUAUUGGUGUUUAACUUGGUACUUUAGCCAACGCAUGUUUGUAAAUUCAAUUUACAGGUUAUAGCAUUCCCCAUGUUGAAAAUUAGCAGAAAAGGGGAAAUUUUGUUAUAGAAACAUGACAGGAAAAAGUGAAUUAGUAUCCCUUGUUUUUGUACCUUCCUUUCAGUUGGUAAUGUUGUGUAAUAAACUCAGAGUUCUAGUUUCCGUGGCUAGGAAACAAAUUGAAGAAAUUUUUCUUACUGAUGAUAAAAGAUAUUAUCAAGAAGCAAGCAUUUUUUACUGGAUAA